AUGGCCACCGACGCCGUUUACCGGCUCGUCGCCAGGGAUGCGAGCGACGCGGAAGAUAACUCACCGUCCUUGUCGGCUUUGCUCACUGUGCUAGUUCCCGCCCUCAUCUCCUUCGUCGUAAUGGUGGCGCUCUUCAUCGUCUUGCGUGGGAGCAACCGCCGAAUGUAUAUGCCCCGAACCUACAUUGGAUACCUCCGUCCCUGGGAACGCACCCCCGAAUCUCCGACCGGACCCUGGAACUGGAUCAUGGCCAUGUAUAAACUUCCCGAUACCUACAUUCUCCAGCACCACUCUAUGGACGCGUACUUGAUGCUUCGUUUCCUGAAGCUCUGCUCCGUCAUGCUCUUCGUUGGCUGCUGUAUCACCUUCCCCAUCCUGUGGCCCGUCAAUGCCACGGGUGGAGGUGGUCAGUCUCAACUGAACCUGCUGAGCAUUUCGAACAUUCACGAGUCCAAUUACGGUCGAUACUACGCCCAUUGCUUCCUCGCCUGGAUCUACCUCGGCUUCAUUUUCUUCAUGGUCACUCGCGAGCACCUGUACUACAUCAAUCUGCGCCAGGCAUACCUUUUAUCCCCUGCCUACGCUAGCCGUCUGUCAUCGCGCACAGUGCUAUUCACUGCCGUUACCGAGGACCUGCUGAACAAGGAGAAGGUCCGUGCUAUGUUCGGCCGCGACAAGGUCAAGAAUGUUUGGAUCGCAACCGAUACCAAGGAGCUCGAGGAGAAGGUCGAGGAGCGGGAUUCUGCCGCCAUGAAGCUCGAGGGUGCCGAAACCAAGCUCAUUAUUCUCGCCAACAAAGCGCGCAACAAGGCGCUCAAGAAGCAGGGUUCGGCCGAGAACCCUGAAACGGACAUUGGCGAUGGUCAGUUCGAUGAUGAGUCUGGCUCUGUCGCUGCUCGUUGGGUUGAGCCCAAAAACCGCCCUACCCACCGCCUCAAGAUGAUUAUUGGCAAGAAGGUCGACACUAUCAACUGGGCCCGUUCAGAGAUCGAGCGUCUUAACCCCGAAAUCGAGGAACUGCAGGCGCAGCAUCGGGCUGGAGAAACUAAGCUCGUUUCUUCCGUCUUUGUUGAGUUCUUCCAUCAGGCUGAUGCCCAGGCUUCAUACCAGUCUGUGGCCCACAAUCUUCCCUUACACAUGAGCCCCCGUUACAUCGGUCUGGACCCUACUCAGGUCAUCUGGAGCAACCUCCGCAUUAAAUGGUGGGAGCGCCUCGGCCGGUACUCUGUCACCCUCGCUUUUGUUUGUGCUAUGAUCAUUUUCUGGGCUAUCCCCACUGCAGCUGUUGGUGCCAUCUCCAACAUUGACUCUUUGACCAACAUGGUUCACUUCUUGAGGUUCAUCAACCACGUUCCAUCAUGGAUCAAGGGUGUUAUUACAGGUCUAUUGCCGACUAUCUUGAUGUCUGUCCUCAUCUCAUUGGUGCCGAUCAUUCUUCGCCUUAUGGCCAAGCUGAGCGGUGCUCCCAGUCUCUCCGCUAUCGAACUGAUCGUCCAGAACUGGUUCUUUGCCUUCCAGGUUGUUCAGGUUUUCCUCGUCGUGACACUCGCUUCUGCAGCCACCAGUGUCGUCACUAACAUUAUUGAUAAUCCUACCUCAGCGGCUUCGCUGCUAGCCAAGAAUAUUCCUCGCGCGUCCAACUUCUACAUCUCCUAUAUCAUCCUCCAGGGAUUGUCUUUCAGUUCCGGAGCUCUUCUCCAGAUUGUUGGUCUGAUUCUAAGCAAGGUCCUGGGUAGGCUUUUGGAUAGUACCCCUCGCAAGAUGUACACUCGCUGGUCAAGCUUGGCCGGCCUCGGAUGGGGCACUGUCUAUCCUUCAUUCACAUUGUUGACCGUUGUCGCGAUUGUCUACUCUUGCAUCGCCCCACUUGUCAUGGGCUUCGGCACAAUUGGCCUCUACCUGUUCUACUUCGCUUACCGGUACAACUUGCUGUACGUCUCGAACGCAACCAUCGACACUCAGGGUAGAUGCUACACUCGUGCUCUGCAGCAUCUUACCGUAGGUUGCUACCUGGCUAAUGUUUGUCUGAUCGGUCUAUUCGCCAUGGGAUCUGGUGCCAACCAGAUGGCCCUAGGACCCAUGGUCCUGAUGAUCAUCUUCUUGGUCUUUACCAUCUUGUUCCACCUUGCGAUGAACAGUGCUAUGGAGCCUUUGCUCAACUACCUGCCUAAGAACCUCGAAGCAGAGGAGCAAAGCCUGCUUGCUGACGAGAAGGCCGCUCUUGGCGCCUCGUACGAGAACUCCAACUCUGAGGACCUCACUGCCCCGAGUGCCUCCACCACUGCUCCCCGCGACAGCGGCAUUUCAAACAUGGGCAAGGGUGCUAACAGUGUCGAUUCCGCCGAGAAGGGUCUUACUGGAGUUUCGUCGCCAGAGCCUGAGCCGAACAUGUUUACCAAGUUCUUGCGGCCAGACAAGUACCAUAGCUACCACAUAAUGCGCAAAUUGGUCCCCAGCUCCUCUGAAAUCGUCACCUACUCCGCUGAAGUUGAGCGCGAUGCUUACCGCCACCCGGCUGUCAGCUCGCAACCUCCUCUCCUCUGGAUCCCACGCGACCCCCUCGGUGUCAGCUCCCAGGAAGUUGCUCACUCCAUACGUGUCAUCCCCAUCACGGACGAGGACGCCUACCUCGACGAGAACUGCAAGAUUCAGUGGAACGAGGAGAAGGGCGAACCCCCCAUUUACGAGGAGAAGAUCGCCUAUUAA